UGUUUUUUUAUUGUGAAGGGAAAUCAACGGGUGCACAGUGAACAGGCUUGGCGAUUUUUUAUUGUUUUCCCAUAAUUUUUUUAUUUAUUUUUUUAAUUUCGAUUUAGUUCAACCAUUCGAUCAUUUCUGGAAUAUAAUAAAGUAGAGCCAUGAAUAAACGUUGUGCGAGAUGCGACAAGACCGUCUACCCUACCGAAGAACUAAAAUGCCUGGACAAGGUUUGGCACAGGCUAUGCUUCAAGUGCAAGGACUGUGGGAUGGCACUUAACAUGAGAAACUACAAAGGUUUUAACAAAGAACCUUACUGUGAUGCGCAUGUACCUAAAGCCAAAGCUACAACAAUGGCAGAAACCCCGGAACUGAAAAGGAUUGCGGAAAAUACCAAGAUACAAUCAAAUGUGAAAUAUCAUGCUGAUUUCGAAAAGGCUAAAGGGAAGUGUACACAAGUUGCCGAUGACCCUGAAACUCUAAGGAUUAAGCAAAAUACCAAAAUUUUUAGUAACGUGACUUACCACGGAGACCUGCAACGUAAAGCGGAAAUGGAACAACGUAGGCAACUAAACGAAAACGGAAACGCCGAAAACAUCACCGCGAAUAUAAGUAAAACGGUCACAAGUCAGCCUAUCAUGAAUAAUGUAGCGCCUAUACAGCAUCCGGCUGUUGGUAAAAUAGCCGACUACGAUCCACAAUCGUCUAACCAUCAAUUCCAAAGCCCCUAUUCGUCGAGAACGUCACAAACGCUGAUAUACAACUCUGAAACUAGCAGUAGCGUCCUGGAACCAACUCCGAAUAGGCAAAUCGGUUCGGUCCAUGAUAUGGAUCCGAUUAAUCAUAAUUAUGGGUCUCUUGGUAUGGGUAGAGUCUAUAGGGCUAUGUACGAUUACCAAGCCGAAGACGAAGACGAGGUAAGUUUUCAAGAUGGAGAUCUAAUUAUCAACGGGAGCAGCGUUGACAGGGGCUGGAUGACAGGUCAGGUCCAAAGGACGGGCCAGGUAGGCAUGUUGCCCGCCAAUUAUGUUCAACCUUACGACCCUGUGACACAAGGUAACUGAAUAUUAACACGAAACACAGCAAUAGUAAUAAGUUGUUUAAAUUAUAUAUAUAUAUUUUUUUUAUAUGUUGACAAUGGGUUCUCGGCUAUCUAGUGACAUUUUUGAACCUUUCAUGUCUCAAUACUCAAAUAUAUAUAAUAAUUUAGGUUUUUUUAGUUUCACUUAUGAAUUUCUACUUAUCUACUUAUGCUGAGAAUUGGUUCAAUUUUUAGUCCCUACUUCUAAAAUGUAAUAAAACACGAUGAAUCUUUCAAAAUAAACAAGAUUUUUGAUGAUCUGUUAAUAUACAGUUACCUUCUAGUAAAGGUGCGAAACUAUUAAAAAAUAUGUUGCAAUAACAUAAUAUUCACAUAACAAUGUAAUUUUUUUAAAAUUUUAUUCCCAAAAAACCAACCUGGUUUUGCCUUAUUGGGAAAUAUAUUUUCUAACUAUGUAAUUACUAAAAAGUGGCAUUUUAACAACAUUUUCAUAAAAACGUGCCUUUUUAUUGCCCAAGUGUUACCUUAAUUAUUUUAAAAUAACACUAUAAUAAUUGUUUCAAUGUUAACAAUCGUAAUAGGAACUUGCCAAAUGUCACUAAUUAUUAAACCUCACUGUUUUACCACAUUUAGGAAAACUGUGUUCAUCUUCUGUAAUAUUAUAAUUUUUAAAUGUUAUUAGUAAGAAAAAAAGCAUUUUUCAAGGAAAAUCAAUUGACUUAGUUGCAAUAUUAAGAUAUAAAAUAAUAAUACAUAAAUUUAGCACCGGAGCCUGAUGGUGCCUUGGUAAGGCAAAACAUACAGCUAUAAAAACAAACUAUGAUUUUUUCGUUUUUGUAUAUUUUUUAUUUUAAUUUUGUAAUUAUAAUGUUUAUGUAUGAACAUUAAUGGAUUUUCGAUUAUCACUACAUUUAAGUCAAAAGUUAUAUACACAUCCAUAUUUUUUAUAUGUUAACGUAUCGUUUGUCUGAAUAAGAAUAAACCAUUCCUUUUUGCAUUUAUUUAGGACGUUUGUGCCUUGAACUUAGACUGAGUAGACUUUUUUGGUGCUAAAAAACCAUUCAUGUCAAAUUAUCUAUAAAAUAUUUUAACACUUUUUAAAUUGUUAGGUUUUUCUUUAAUGCUACUAAAAAAAAAGUGUUUCAUUUGUACAAAUUAAAUAAUUAACACAUUAUGAACUGAAGUGGAUGAGAGUACAUUAGUUUUGAGAUAAUAUUACUUAAGGUACUCACGUAAAUUUCCAGAGUAAUUUUGGCCUAUUUUCUCUGGAACAUAAACGAUUGUUCAGUGUAGUCCUGAACCUGUUAACUUGUACUGGAUAUUACAGCAUAACAACCUCAUCCAGUGUCUAAUUGUGCACUGGUUUCACUUAAGACUCAAUUGAUUACCGGCUAUUGAGCCAAUUUAAUCGUUUGAUGUUUUCUUUACGCUAAUUGAAUAAAUAUUUCAUAUUGUGGUGCUAGUUUAUAGAUAAUCAUGUAUACAGGAUACAAAUUAUUACAUGUUCAAAUUAAAGCAAGAUCUUACACUUUUUAUCAUUUACUUGUUAAUUUAACGAAUAAUACUGGGUGUAUGCUUAAUGGGGCCAUUUAUUGAAAUCUUUCUUUAAUUUGAACUUUGCCUUUAACGAUCGCUCUAUAUCUAUAUUUGUAAUACCUUUUGGUUAUUUGUAGAUAACAAUUUUCAAGUAAUAGGCUGUUUACAAGUUCUUGCUAUAGAAAAAGGCACUUCUUUUCAGUUUCUUUAUAUUUCGAGAAUAUUUAAUUUUUAUUAUGAAUUAAAUCGUUUUGAGAGAGUUAGUUUUCAGACAGGAACAUUUUCAAAUAUACAUUUUAUAGUUAUUUUUGUAUUGCACAUUUGCCUUAGCUUAGUAAAUUUAUUGCAUUUAUAUUCGCGUUAUACAUUAUAUUAUUUUUGUAAAAAUUACUUUUUAGUUUCCGUAUAUAUAAUAGCGUUAAAAUAUCUUAUUAUUAAGUGGAUAUAUUUUGUUUAUUGUAUUUUCAUCAUAUUAUACCAUUUGUAACUUGUUUUUCAAAUUUGUAGACUAUUAAACGACUAUUAUUGUUAAA